AUGAUUCUCUCCGCGUUCUCGGAUCCUUGCAAAUCUCUACUUGUCUACCCAGUCUCAAUUAGCCGCAGACUCCGACAUACUCCAAGCACGCAUUCAAUAGCUAACCUCGGCCCCGGAGAUCUCACUCCAUUUCCUAACCCAGGAGUUCGCAAAAUCGGAUUUGAAGAAGAUCCACCCCAAUUCACCGUCACACACCUUCUCGUCCACGGCUGGCCCGUCCAGAGACCAACGUCAGAAUGCAACAACCCACCCAACGGCGACUUCGAAAUCUGGGCGAAAGAAGUCGAACCACUCACUUUGAAGGAACGAGAACAACUUCCGCGGGAUUCGGACACAAAGUCUUGCCAUACGCCAUGGCGCGACCAGAUCUAUUAUAUGUGGAACCAUGUCUUUUAUGACGUUGGCAAUUGGAUGUCGAGAAUGUACGGCACUAGAACGUUCAAGCCACCCAAUACAGAGGUCUUUGCCAUCGAACUUCCGACAUCCCAUGAGGAUCGCUCAGGUGGGAAGGUUCCCGCCGCGACGAAAGUCUGGGACGCAGAGACUCUGCUUGCUCCGGCUUACCUAGCCCCGGGAGUUUCAGUCCGUGUUGAAACGCUUAAUCCUGGCCAAGAGGAUGGUGAACCUUUUCAUCCUGCGGACUUUGAGCAUGGGGACCGUUAUAGUGUUUGGUAUGUGAAGAAAGGGCUGCAAAUGCGAUUUUAUGUCGAAGGAGACUGGGAUCAGGGCGCGGACGGAGUGGCUGCGGUGAUGGUCUAUGGAAAUAUGUUAGGUGAGCCGCUCGAAAUUGUGCACGACGAGAGCGAAGAUGGUGAAGAUGGUGAAGAUGAACGUAAAGUGCAGACGGGCGUGUAG